AGAAGACAGGGAGGCAAUAAAGAAACUGUAGUUUCCCCAAGUGCCUUAUCAGUCUUCAGCAGGUCAGGUCAGCAGCUUUACAGCUUCCAGCUGUGACCAGAAAAGACCAGGGAGUUUCCUGAGUUCCAAUCUGGUUCAAAGAACAGGACAAGGACAAGCCUGGAGGUCCCCUAGACUCAAUUUAUAACCUCUGGUCCCCAACAGGGUAUCUGUUUUUUUUUUUUUAUUUUAUUUAUUUAUUUACUUUUUUUUUUGGUCUUUUUGUUUUUAUCGGUACCAGAGUUCGAACUUAACGACUGUUGCUUGCAAGGCAGGCACUUAUGCCACUGAGCUAAAUCCCCAGCCCCAGGGUAUCUGUUUUUGGUUCGUUUAUUAUCCUUUCUUAAAGUGUUUCUUCAGAUUAGAGAGACCUCGAGUGAUGCAGACUUCGGCUCAGUAUUGCACCACUCCCCCAAAAGAGGAGCACAAAGGAGAAAGGAAUGCACACUCCUUUUCUGUUGAUCUGAUCUGUGAUUGCUGUUUGAGAAGCCAGAUGGCAGUAACAUUCGAAGAAGUAACUAUUAUUUUUACUUUGGAGGAGUGGAAAUUCCUGAAUUCUUUCCAAAAAUAUCUCUACUGGGAAGUCAUGUGGGAGAACUACACAAAUGUCAUGUCAGUAGGAAACUUGAAUGAGAGCUAUAGACCACACGAAGAAAUACUCAGAUACUUAGAGUAUGAAAAUUUUCCUUGCUUGCAAGGCUGGAUGGAUGCUGGCAUUCAGAUAUAUGAGAAUCAGAACUGUGAGCAAACCAUUCAAGGGGGACAUUCUAAAGACCCUUCUCAGUGUCAAGAGUUGUUCAUUUUCUCUACACAAACACUAAGCUGUGGGAACUAUGUACUGACUUUUGAAGGCAAAAAUUCUAGUAGCUCAAAAUAUAAAAAGUGUAUAUCUUGGCAGUCCUUAAAAACAAAAAAUAAUCAAGACUAUGUUAGAGAAGUCUAUAUGAAUGAUUCCUGUGGUUUUCAAGGGGACCAAUACCAUCUUGACACAUGCAGAAAAGAUCUUCCUAUGGAAAAAAGCAAAAACCUUAGAGUUCAGCACUUUUAUAUCCCAAAGGAGGAAGCCUUUGCAGAGUAUGCUGAGGGGAUAUGCCAGAAUAACCUACGGAAAGAUCCUAUGCAAGAAAAAUACGGUGAAUGUAAUAAAUGUAAAGAAGUUUAUUUUUGGAACUCAAAGUUUGUCCUGGACAAGAAAAAUUGUCUUGGAAAAAAGCUCUGUCAACAUUCUAUCAGCACAGCAUGCUCCUCUGAGAGAUCAGAUUUAUACAGACAUCCAAGAAUCCAUACAAGGAAAAAGCUGUAUGGAUGUGAUAAAGUUGGCAGUAACUUUAGUCAGAGCUCAGAAAUUCACUUUCAUAAGAAGGUCUGUGCAGAGGAAAUGUCUUGUAUCUGUAAUGCAUGUGGUAAGAGCUUUAGUCAGAUCUCUUGUCUUCACAGUCCUCAAACACCCCACAAAGAAACAAAACUCUAUAAAUUAGAGUGUGAUAAAGACAGCAGUAGAAAAUCAUUACUUCACAUUCAUAAGAGACUUUGCAUAGGAGAGAAGCCUUUUAAGAGUGAUCAGUGCAGUAGGUGUUUGAAUCAGAGUUCAGUACUUCCUGUUAAUCAGAGAGUCCACACAGGAGAAGAACCGUGUGCGUGUGAUGAGCACAGUAAGGGCUACAGUCAGAGCUCAGAUCUUCAAAUUCAUCACUUAGAACAGAGAGGUAAGAAUUCCUAUAAGUGUGAUGACUGUGGUAAGUGCUUCACCCGGCGCUCAAAUCUUCAGGCUCAUCAGAGAAUACACACAGGAGAGAAACCUUAUAAAUGUCAUGACUGUGGAAAGGACUUUGGUCACAGCUCAGUCCUGCGAGUUCACCGGAGAGUCCACACAGGGGAGAAACCGCACACUUGUCAUGAAUGUGGGAAGAGCUUCACCAUAAGUUCAAAGCUUCAAGCUCAUCAGAGAGUACACACAGGAGAGAAACCCUAUAAAUGUGAGGAGUGUGAAUUUUCAGUCCUUGGGUGGUCAGUGUCAUGGUGGAACGACCUGGACAGAGGAAUGCUGCUCAUCUUAAGGCAACAGAGAAGCAGAGGGAAGGAGCCGAGGAGGGAGAUGAACACUUCCAGGUCAUACCCCAGUGACCUGCCCCUUUUGACCAGACCCAUCUAUCAGCAGAGUCAGCUAAAAUGUUCUCAUAAUCCAGCCAUCUUCUACACAAGCCUUACGGACCAUUUUGGAUCCAGACCAUGACACCUGUGAAGUUCCUAAUAGACCACCACCAAAAAAAAAAAAAAAAAAAAAACCCACAAAAUUUUACCCUGGUAAAUAAUAUUGCUCAAAUAUAUAAGAAUUAACCAUGAGAUUGGUAGAAAUAAAUAGUGUAUGCUGCAAAAACCACCUAAUAAAAGAGGAAAUCAUUGUACAGACCCAUACCUGAGAACAUAGGAAAGAUGUUAUUUCUGUCAAUGAGAAAAGUCGGAACUAUUCUUCUGUUGAGGUUUGGCACUUUGUGGUAACUGUGAUGCUCUCAAAAAUUAGGCAUGUACUGCAUUUUGAUGAGUUGAGAAAAAUUUAAAAUAUGGAAAAUGUGAGGUUGCUGAAGUUUGCAGUUUUAGGUAGGUUGGUAAAGAAUGGCCUCCGGAUAACAUUUCAGGAAAGAUUUAAGGGAGCAAGUUUGCUAUGGAGCUAUAUGGAAAAAGAGUUUAAUUCUGAGGAUUUGGUAAGUGAAAAGGUUCUGAGACUAGCAAGGAAUGUAUCUGUAAUGUACCACAGCAAAAUAAGGGACAAGGAAAAUAGGGAGUGAGAUUAAAGGCCUUAUAAGUCAUUGUUAGGACAUUUGAUAGUUUUGUGAAAUAAGCCAUUGGAAAGUUUCACAUGCCACGAUCUAACAAAUUUUAGUAGUACCUUCUCUGAGUUUUGUGUUAAGAUUUGACUGAAAGUAGAGACCAGGCAGGAAGUCUAGUAGUCCCUAAAAGAGAGAAAGUAUUAACAAGGUAUCAGUAGUAGAAGUGAGAAAAAUGAUAAAAUUUUGAAUAUAAGUGUAUGAGGUGAUUUUAAAACUGAACUCUAGUAUUUUAAUAACCAAGAGAAAGUCCAACGUUACAGAUGUAGAAAUUUGCUUGUGAAAGCUUGUGUUUGAGCAUAUAGUGUUUUAAGUACAGUGAUACUCUUUUUUGUAUUAAUAUUUUCAUGAUGGGGUUUUAGCUACUCUGAGAAAGCUAGAAUAUUUGUAUCUAGAGAAUACAAUGCUCGAAUUGUGCCAUGGGAAUAGUCAUACCCAUCCUUGAGGAGUCAAGGUUGGUUUUCCAGAGAUAGUGGUUCUACUCUUAGUGGAGGAUCAUGGGAGGAAAAAGUGUUUCAAGAAAUGUGAGCAGUUUUAGCAGAAAAUACUGCCCAGUGAUUAAGAUUUUCUGAGUUCAGAUGUGUUUUUAUGAAGACAGAGCAUAUUUCUACACAUUGUCACCACACUUAGAUCAGUGUGGAUUGAAAAUAAUAUACAUUGUCAUCUAAAAUUCUGGUAGAAGCAUAAAUCAGGCAAAUCCUGUCAGAAAUGCCUGUCAAGUUGAUCAAAUUGUAAUACCUACUGAAUACUGUACUAGGCUAUGCAGAAGGUAAAGAACUACAAAAUUAAUCCAAAAGGUGAUACUAUAGUGUGCUGUUCAUUUUGUGAGGCCCUAAGAUUUAGAAUAACAUUACAGUGGGCAUUAAAAUCAGUUGUCAUGUGGUGGUACAUACCUGUAAUCCCAGGACACUGGGAGAUGAAGGCAGGAAGAUUGUUAGUUUGAGGACAGCCUGGCAAUCUAAUGGGUUAAUGAGAACCAAAUGAUUUAAAAAGGGAGAAAGAUAGGGUUGUAGCUCAGUUUAAGGUCUUGGGUUCACUUCCCACCACUACUACAUUCAUGCAUUCAUUCAUUCAUCAAAUAAAUUAAAAUGUUAACAUCCUGGAAAAUAUUUUUCCUCAACAGCGUAGUAUCUGAAAAGUUCACUGGGGAAGGAUUCAGGAUAUGUUGUUGAUAUGAGAUUGGGAUAAUCAUUUGACCUUUGUGAGUUUUAGUCUUUGCUGUAAAAGAAAAACAUUCGAGUCGUAAGGCACAUCUCUGGAAUAGUUCAUGCCCCACAAUUUUCACAGCACACUGAUUUUGUUUAUCUGAACAUUUUAUAAACCUUUUAAUAUUUUUGAAUUAUUUUGCCUUUUAGCAUAUGAGGGUUUUUUUUUUUUUUUCCCCUACGUUAUUGGUUAUACAGAGUACUGGGUUCACUGGAGAUACAACUCAGCAGUGAAGCAUCUGCCUACAAGCACGAGUCCUGGUACAACAAAACAGCCCUUAAGGUUAAUGGAUUCAUUCUGGUAGCUUUGUAAGAGCACGAGCCCACAUUCACUGUUUAGUCUCACAUUUGAGGGGCAAUUCAAUGUAUAAUGCAUUUUAUCAUAUUUAACCACCAUUUCGAGAGAUCCCAAGAAGCUUAUCUUGAAGGGCUGAAAUCUCAUGGGUCGGAAAAGGUCAGGAUUUCUCAGACACCAAGGGGAGGAAGGGUCUGGUCCCAUGGAGAAUUUGGCCAAGCACCCUACCUUUACAAUAGAAACCACACAGGAGCCUAUAAAGAAGGGGUGCUCAGUUUCCUUGGAAAGUUUUCUGUAUUGCAUUGUACACACAGUCUUGACAAGUCUACAGAACCCUGGAUCCUAGCGGCUGUGGCCCUUUUUGGGAUGCAGUGGGAUCAGCAGUUUGCAGGCUCCCAGACACUCCAGUUUCUGCCCAGUGUGGGUCGCUCCCGCUGCAGCCCUAAAAUCUCACCCCAGCUGCGCUGGAGUGCAAGGCCAUUAGGACAUUGCCUCGGGUUUUGUUCCCGCCAGUGGCAGUUUCAGCCUUUGGAACUGCUAGUCCCCCUCGCCUAUUGGAAUGUCAUAGCACUAGAAGAGGUUUAGGUUAGAUUUUCUCCUUGUUCAUUGGUGGGCAGAAGCUAUGAACUUUAGGGGCACCCACUAAAGAUCUCCCAGUGUCAGGCUUUGGACCUUCUCUUACCUCUGGCUGCAAACAGGAAGCCGGGAGCACUGGGCUGAGCAGAUUUGUCUUGCCAGCUGGUCGGAUCCAUCUAAUCUCGGUAGGGCUAUAAAUAUAUUCUAUCCCAGAGACGCUGGUUUCCUCACACCCCCAAAAGAGCCAUUGUUCACAAAUGAAAUACUUGGUGGUAGAGUAAGCUGUCAUAAUUUUCCACAGUGUUAAAAUUACAUAAAGCUGGACAUGGCUUCACAUGCUGUAAUUCUAGUAUUUGGCAGGCUGAAGCAGGAUUAUGAGUUCCAGGCUAGCCUAAGGCUGUAGAGUAAGACCUCAUCUCAACCAAUCAUGAAUCCAAUCAACCACAAGUCAUGACUGGUGUAGAUGAAAAGUGAACAGUAUUCAUGCCAAAAGCACUAUAUUGGACAACUCUCUUACAUUAGAAUCUAUAUACCCUUUGAAGAAUUUUCCCCUCUCUAUUUCUUAGAAUUCUGUACUUUAAAUGUGAGGAUAUAAAAGUAACUCCUGGUUGGUCAGUCAUAGUGUGAAGGGUUUGUGUUACCCAAGUACAAUGAAUUAAAGAGUCCUAUGGAAUUAUUACAUGGACUUUUUAUUUAUUUGUUUUUCAUACCAGGGAUCAAACAACCUUGCAUUUUCCAGGCAGGCACUUUGCCACUGCUAUAUUCCCAGCCUGUUACAUGAGCCUUUAAAUAUAUACUUUUUUUGUUCUUUAAACUGUGAUUGCAAACUUUAGGACAUGUACAUCUGCUUUGGCAUGCAACAAUUUUUCUAAAUAUGUAGAAAGGUCUCUGGGAUACAGCUCACUGGCACAGCACCUGCCUGGCAAGUGCAAGAUCAUGAAUUCGAUUUCUGGUACCAAAACAAAAAACAGACAGUGGAGAGAGAGAGAAACAAUUCCCCCCCCCCCCCCGGCCCCACAAAAACUACUGGCUAAAUAUGUGGAAAGAACCUAUUCGUAGAGUAAACCCAAGAAAGAUGACGCAUUGUGCGAUGGGAAUGGGAAUCUAGUAUUUUAAAGUUUCUAAUGUGAAUCUCUGAGACCAUACUACUUGAUUACCUCUUUAUAAUCAUGUGAACAGCUUUAAUAUCAUUCUUCACUGUGCCAAGACUCUUUAAUAUUUUGUAUUUUACUACAUAUUGGUCAGAAGACAAGUAAAUACAUCUGUAACAUCUGUAUCUCCUUAAAGUACAAUGAACUCAUGACUAUUAGGAAAAAAACUAGUAACCUAAUAAACAUAUAAAGAGAUAAUUUACUGGAAAAUAAUUACAAUUAAUUAAUGAGUUAAUGUAUGUACAAUUCUAACCAUAAUUUUUAAAGUAUAUUUUAUUAUAAACAAGCUACCCUAAAUAAUUGUGGAAUAAUGGGAGUGGAUACCACAUUUUAUCAAAUGAGUGUAGAACUGAAGAAUCUGAAAAAGUAUUAUACACUUAUGUAUUUAUGGGUAACAAACUACUCAAAAACUAACCAACAAGUUCUUAUCUCCUUUGAGUCAGGGUUCCAGGUGUGGCUCAGAUAUUUCUGGCUUAGAGUCUCUUACAAGGGUAUGGUUAAGGUAUUAUUUAUGGUUGCAGUCAUCUUAAUAAUUCACAGGUCUCAGGUCCUCACUAACCGAUGGCUAGAGGUAUCAGUUCAUUCUCCAUAGGGCUGCACUCAUAUGACAGCUGGCUUUCCCAGAGUGCAGACCAGAGAGAAAGAGCUGAAGACAGGACACCGCUGUUUCCAGGGCAUGAUCUUUAAAUUUAAGUUCCAUCACUUCUGCUGUCAGUAUUCAUUACAGGAGAGUCACCAAAUUCAUCACGCUCAAGCAAAAGUUCCUAUUACAAUGAAAAUUGUAAUAAGAACUCUAAAAUCAUUUACUUGUAUAUUUUGAGGUUUUUUGCAACAUGGUUAUUAGUAAUAUAGUACUUUUCUUUUUUCUUUUGGUUGUGUCUUUACUUGAUUUGGCACUAUUAAGGUUGUGUGCUAACAUAAUGAGUUUGGAAGGGUUUCCUCCCUUCAAAUCCUUGCAAUAGUGUGAGAAUAACUGGCAUCUUUAAAAUUUUGGUACAGUUCAAUAAUGAAGACAUGCAGUCCCAGACUUUUUCUUUGUUAGGAUAUAUAUAUAUAUAUAUAUAUAUAUAUAUAUAUAUAUGAAUAUAUAUACCAGAAUAUAUAUAUUCUGGUACUUGUUAUGGGACUGUCCAAUUUCUAAAUUUCCUUUGAUUUGGUUUUUGUUGUAUGUCUCUAGAAUGUAUGCAUUUCUUCUGACUUUUCUAAUUUGUUGUUUAGUUAUUUAUAAUAAUCCCUAAUUAUCUUUUGUGCUUCUGUAGUAGUAGAAAUAGAUAUGUUUCUGUUUCAUCUCUGAUACUAUUUCUUUGGUUCUUCUCUUUUUUCUUAGUGUAGUUAACACUGUCAAUUUUUUUUCAAAAAGUCCACUGUUUCUAUUUUUGUCUCUAUUUUGUUUAUUUCUUACGUUUGUUACUUUCUCUACUGACUGUGGUAUUCAUUCAUGUUUUUCUAGUUCCUUGAGUUGACAUAUUAGGCUGUUCAUUUGAAAUUCUUCUUUUCUUUAAUGUUGGCACUUACUGCUAUACAGAUGAAUGGAAAAAGAAAAUGUAUUUCUCUCUUAGUACUGCUUUUGCUGUGUCACAUUAUGGUUUGUUGUGUUUUCAUUUGUUUCAAGACAUUUUCAAAUUGAAAACUUGGCAUAUUGGCUCUUGCCUGUAAUCCCAGCAUUUAGGAGGCAAAGCAAGGAGUCACUAUGAGUUUGAGGCCAGCAUGGACUACAUAGUGACACAGUGAAUUCAAGGCCACCCUGAACUAUACAGCAAGACCUUAUCUUGAAAAACAAAACACACAAAAAUGCUUUUUAAUUUAAAAUAGUCCUUUAAUGUCUUCACUGAUCUAUUGGUUGUUUAAGAGAAUUUUAACUGCCUGCCGCAUGUUGAUACAAUUUCUAAGAUUCCAUUUUUAAUUUUUUUAUUUUUCAAUUGUUGCUCUUUGAUCCAUCAGUCUUUUUUUUUUGUGUGUGUGUGUGUGUGGUACUGGUGAUUGAACUUAGGGUCUUGGGCAUGCCAGGCAAGCACUCCUCCACUGAGCUAUAUCCCCAGUUCCUCUAAGGGUCCAUUAAUAAUUGGGUUCUAAUUUUAGUUCAUUGUAUUCAUGAGAAGAUUUAUGGCCUGGUUUUGAUUACAAGAGUGGUACACUCUUGUAAUUCCAGCACUUGGCAGGCUGAGGCAGGAGAAUUGUUGCAAGUUCAAGACCAGCCUGGGCUACAAAGUGAGCCCAAGGUCAGCCUGACCUGCAUAGCCCUGUCUCACACACCAACAGACACACAUAUAUCAUAGCCUAAUUUAUAUUGUACCUUAGAGAAUCUUCCAUUUGUUCUGUAUCUGUGUGAAACAUUUUGUAUAUGUCCAUUAGAUCCAUUAAGUUUAUAGUAGACAUGACCAACCCAUGGCCCAUGAGCCACACAAAGCGCUGGACAGAUAGUAAUUCAGCCCCACAAAGUCACAAACUUUAACAUUAUCAUGUAACUUUUACUGAUUUUUUUCAAGACUUGCUUGCAUGAUGCUUGAGUACAGACUGUAGCAGACAACAGAAUGCUGACCUGUUUUCGGUAGGUAGAAGAGCCAUCUAUGUUUUCAAGACCUUGAUAGGAUGUGCUCCUGACAACCACCUGAUUCUUGGGGUCACAGGAAGAUGGCUAAGCCUUCCCCCAGGUCUUGACAAGCCAAGUUGCUUGGAGAAAACUUUCAUGGUCACUUGCUGAUUCUCAGGGCCUCGAGGGUUGAGUCACUCAAAACUGACUGCCUGUCUGCUUCACAGGUCUCAGCAGUGAGUGAAUAGGGCUUCCUUGCUGUCUUUGAUAUAGCAGAAAUGUGGCAGCGUUGCCAGAAAUUUUCUCUAGGAAGCCUCUGCAGGUUGAGCUGCUCAGGGAGGUCUACAUGGGUUCCUGGGCAGCAGGAAAGUGGGCAGCACCAUGUGGCUGGUUCACAGGGACAGGUCUGCUGAGCUGUUGGGAACUGCUCCUGCAUAGCUUCACAGGAUCCCACAUCCAUAGGGUAUGCAUUUUAAUAAUUGUUGGUGUCGCUCCCGGCCGGCAGGAAGAACACACGACAAGAUCUGGCAGUGGCUGGGCUUUCUUUAUUUUCCCUCUCCGUACAGUCUGCCCCGGGAUUCUUCCCGGCCGAAGCCUCUACCGGUCCGCUCUCUGCGGCUCCUUCCGUGCUUCCUGAAGCCUCUACCGGUCCGCUCUCCGCGGCUCCUUCCGUGCUUCUUCUCUACAGUCUGUCCCGAAGCCUCUACCGGUCCGCUCUCCGCGGCUCCUUCCGUGCUUCCCGAAGCCUCUACCGGUCCGCUCUCCGCGGCUCCUUCCGUGCUUCUUCUCUACAGUCUGUCCCGAAGCCUCUACCGGUCCGCUCUCCGUGGCUCCUUCCGUGCUUCCCGAAGCCUCUACCGGUCCGCUCUCCGCGGCUCCUUCCGUGCUUCUUCUCUAUAGUCUGUCCCGAAGCCUCUACCGGUCCGCUCUCCGCGGCUCCUUCCGUGCUUCUUCUCUCGUGGCGGGAGAGGCACUCACUUUUAUAGGGUUACAGUGGCCAAUCAGUUCAAAGCGCGCGAUGCGGGCUGAUUGGCUAACAUCAGUUGUUGCUAGGCAGACUAUCGUACAGAGCGGGUUGUUUACCAAGCAGGAAGUAGGAGAUAAGCGCCAUCUUAGCACACUCGAUGGGAGGGGUAAUCUAGCUCAGGCUUUGCUCUUUCUUACAGGCCUCACGUCCGCCAAGUAAGGCGACCGGGCUCAGCUGCGGCUCCCAACAAAUAAUUACUAUCAAUUCUCAUUCAUAGGAUUGUUCUCAUUUCUUCAUGUUGUUUACCGAUAUUUUCUUGCAUUUCACUGAGUUUCUUUAGGAUCUUUAUCUUACGUUGUUUCAGGAAUUCCAAAUGAUUCCUUCAAAUUCAGAUCUCUUUUGGGAGAGUAUUUUUCUUUGGAAGUGCAUGUUUCACAUUUCUUUUGUUUACAUUGAUGUCUGUGCAUCUGUUGUAAUAUUUUUUUUCCGAUUUUUUGGUGUAGUUUUUGUAAGAAAAGAUUUAUCAUUUAGGUGAAUGUAUGUCAGUUGAAUGGGUGCCUUGGGUUUAUUUAUAUGGGAGUUCAAAACUACCAUCUCUGUGUAGUUUCAUCUUUGAUUGAUGUUAUCACUACGUGUGUCUCAACAAUGUGUACUGCAGCAGCUCAUCAAGGUAGUUUUAUGACUGCAAUGGAUAUGACUCCAAAACUAUGUGACUCCACAGAGUUGAGCACUGAUAGCAUUGGGACUUGUGAUAAGUUCCACAGUCUCAGUGGUGCAGAAUUUGGACAGAACUGUCCCUAUUUUGCUUGGGGCAUGCACAGGUGAUAAGGUGGUGGCAUUAGUAGACACAGUCCCUGGGCUGCAGAAGAGGAGGAACCUUUUCCUAGAAUUCUCAGGAUCAAUAUCAGAGAGACUUAGACAUGUGGUAGCAGCAGCUACAGUUCUGGAAAGAGGAUGGGACAGGAAGGAGCUCUGCUAGAUUCUGAGUGGACACAAGUGAUGCUAAGGUCUGUGGCUCCAUACGUGGACUUGAGUUUAUGGAGCACAAAGGAGAACUUUCUUAAGUUCCACAAAUCACUGCAGUUAGUAUUGAGACUUGAAGUGGUAUUAGUUGUUGUAUUUCAGUUGCAGGAUCCAACUGCAGGCUCGAUGGAAGUGGUACCAGGGCUUUUGGCACCAGUACUGUGAUUCAAAUUUUAGGAGCUGUAGAGAUCGUCCUGAGGUCUUUCUGCACAUGUGCAGGUAGUUUGGGCUUGUGGAGUUGGUAUCCACUGUGAAUGUAUGGAGCAUGGGGCAACUUUUCCUUGUUCCCAUGGGUUAAGCACAGGUGUUAUUGGGGGUUUUGGCUUGGGUUUUUAUGGGCCUAGAACUGCAGUGGUGGGAAUUCUGGUGGGGACAAGGCCUGUAUUAGUAGUUACAGUUCUGGAGCUGAAACACAUAUGGGCACGUUCUCUGGUCCCCAGGGACAAGCUUGAGUGAAGCUAAGGAUUUUGGUACUUGAAGCUGCAUCCCAAGGCUGUGGUCUGAGAAGGAAAUAUUUCCUAGUUCUUACUGGGUAAGCUCAGGUGUCAAAGAUGAUUUGGGACAUGUGUAGCAACACUCCUGGAACUGUGGAGCCUUUUCAGCUCCCAGUGGAUCCAUGUGGGUAAAGCCAGAGCUUUACAACAGGAGCUAAAAUGCCAUGGUUUUUAGCUUAAGCUGAGACUGUCCCUAGUGUUGUCAGCAAAGCAGGGGAAACUACUGGUCCUGAAGCUGCAAGAUGCUGAAGGGGUUGCUUACUUUGUUGUGAGGUCAUACAAGCCUGAGGGUUCAGCAGCAGGAAUUUAGAUUGAGUGUUAGUUGUGUUUAAGUGUGUGGGGGGCCUGGGUGAUUGAGUAAAUCCAAAGUGAAUUCCUUGUUUGCAACAGAGGAGUCAUUUUUAGACCAACCCGCUCCCCAAACUGGAUUUAAAGCUUUUAAGGACUAUGGAUUUCUGUGUUCCUGACUGUGCAUUGUACUCUAUCCCUGGAGAAGUAAAUGAAUUCAUCUUGUUUUUGAGUCCUUAUCUGCUAUUUACUCCCCUGUAUUAAAGGCUCUUAAUACAGGUUAAAUGUGCCCUCCUAAAAAGAAACUUACAUUCUUGCUAGUUGUAUAUGAAUUAAAUUUAUUGAUAGUCUCACUAAAUUAUUUUUAUUUCUCCUUUACGUUUUCUAUCUGUCCAGAAUGUGGAUUUGUUUUUAUUAGGUUAAAAUACAGUAUUUCCUUGAUUAAUGGUUUAACUAGUUUUCUAUGGCAUGCUCACAUUUUUUGGUUUUAAUACAUUAAUGAAUAUUUAUAUUAUAUACAGGCAGCCAAAAAAAUGAAUACACACUUCAACCGUUCACUAUGCUAAUAAAUGUCUGGAUGCUAAUUGCCACUACUUUGAGCAUCUCUUUUUAAUUGUAGCAUCUCUUUUUAAUUGUAGAGGCCAAAGGUAACCUGUAUUAAUUUCAUUAAUUUAUUGGCUCAAUAAAUUUAGUUUUAAAAUACUCAUGCAAGGUUUUCCUUUCCUGUUGUAUGCAUAUGGAAUACAUUAACUGUAUAUUCAUAGUUAAUGUGUCUGCAUAAGGAAUGUGCAAAUACUGAGUUAACUUUUUUCAACAGUGAUCUGAAGUGAUAAUUUUAUUGAGAAUUCUUACAGACACAUUAAGUCUAGCUACAGUCAGUUUUGUCCAAAAGCUGUCUAUUCCUGCCUGGACCACUUACACACUGUAUUACUAGUAAGGUACCUGUUAUUGCCCUUCAGAAACGGUGACAGCUACUUUAACUUGUUACUUCUACAAAAUAUACUUUGUAACCAUUUUGUGAAAUAAAUUCUUAAAUAUUUGACAGAAUUUUUAAAGAGAGACUGCUAAGUUAGAAAUAUUAUAGGAUAGAUCCUUAAGAGUUAAUACCAAGGAUAAAAACACAUUGCAGCUGUGGCCAGAGGGGUAUCUGCUGAAAGCCAGGCCUCAAGGUAAAGACAGAAUGACCAGACAUGUUUCCCCAAAGAUAAAUGCUUACGCCUGGCCCAAUAAAGUCUGGAUAGACUUCAUUCACCUUGGAGAGUGGUCACUCCUGGAUCUAUCCCUUCCUGGAAAGUUGUUCUUUCCAUGUAUACUUGCUAUAUAACUUGCUUCCUUAUUGGAUCAAUAUUACCUAAGUGGCUAUACUUAUAAUCUUAUUGGUUGAUCAUAACCUACAUUGUACCUGCCCUAUGAUUUUGGUUCAUAAAACUUCCUCUAUGAAGUAGGUUCACUGGCAACCCACUCAGGCCCCUCCUGUUUCUCUCAGAAGCUGUCUCUUCCUUGAUAAAUUUCCAACUUUUAACCUGCAUUGUUCCUUAGAAUUCAUUCUUUGAUUUCGGGGAACAUGAACUUGGUGUAUCAAACAUCUAGCAGGUUGAGAGCUACAUUUAUUUCCCCUGUAUAAUGUGAAAGACCUGUAUUACUAUAGGGCAGUUAUAUAGCUCUAUAAUAGUCUUCUCAGCCAGACAGGUUUUUUUUUUUUUUUUCAUUUAUUCAGCAUAGUUUUUUUCUUCUUUUUUGAACAGGAAUCAAACUCAUGACUGUGCACUUGCAAGGCAGGCACUUACGCUGCUGAGCUCAAUCCUCAGUUGUUCAGCAUAGUUUUUGAGGAAAGUGUGUAUACAUAUUCUCAGCUUAUUCAUUAGACUGUACCAGUGAUCAACUAUGUCAUUAGCAAAUGAUUUUCCCCAAUUUGUUUUCCUUUUAUCAUUAUUUUAAUCAGUUGUUCUAGAGUACUGAAUAACUGGGAUUAACAAGAACCUUGUUUAUUCACUCUUACGGUGGAUUGUAAAAUCUCUCAUAAGGCCUUUGAGUCUUUGCCUAGCAGUGCCCAUAUGUGAACACUUCCUCUUACUCAGUGCCGUCUUCCAGCUGAUGAACUUCUGUGUCCUGAACACGUACUGCUGUCUCUCUGUAGCUUUGUGUUCCUUGCUUUUCACUGAUCAUUUCUCCUUUCUAACAUGCCACCCACCAUAACCUAGCUAAUCUCCACUCUUUCAUGAAUCAUUUUAGAUAUCUGCCUUUGAUGGCACCGUAACAUUCAAACAGUAAAUAAGCAGGCAUGUGAAAAGACAGCAGAAAAGGUAUCAAUUGCCUGUAAAUAUCCUGCAAGAAAUAAAAUAAAAACACAAUCUAAAAAGGUACUUGAAGUUACUUUAUACUGAAAAUAGUAUAAUUUUAAAAGAAAAUUUGGGCUAGGGAUUUAGCUCAGCGGCACAAGCACCUGCCUGGCAAGUGCAAAGCUAUGAGUUCAAUCACUGGUACCAAAAAAAAACCAAAACCCCCCCCCAAAAAAGUAAAAAAAAUACAAAAACACCACAAAAACAGAGAAAGCUUGACAUGUAAGGAUUUAAAAACAGAAAGUUAUGCACAAAUACCUGAUAAAGAGAAAAGAUAAUGAAAGUGAUGAAAAUAGCAUUUUUAUCUUUUGAUGACCUAAAAAAAAAAAUUACAGUUUAUAAAAAAAAAAAAAAAACCUCAGAAUACCCUUUGAAAAGUCAGCAUCCAUUAUAAUUAACACAUCAAUAAGUGAUUUGAUGUUUCUGUAUUCUUGUUGGGCCUCUCCAAAAACUUGCAUUAUGUUUGUUUACAUAUGAAUUUCCACACCAAUUUCUUGUAUUGCAUUUUGUAACAUAACCAUGUUCUGAUGUAAAGGGUAAGCAAAAAACAUGUCUCAUCUUAUCCUAGAAGUCCCCUGUAGUAUACUUUUCCUGCUUUUGAAUAAAGUCUGAACUCUUGAUGAGAAGGUACCAUCAUCAUUCACUGAGAAUUUCUCUAGUAUGAAUGAUUUUGGGAGGAAGAUUAAGAUAUACCACUUGGCUCAAAGAACCAUUUGGGAUCUGAAAUAGCUUGCAGCAGACAGUUUUGGUACACAGAGUAUGAGGAUACUUUAUUGACCUCAUAAAACUUGGGUAAAUACAAAGUUCACCUCAGGAUACAGAUGUCUCUCCAGAGUGGAUCUCAAAAAAUACUUUUUAAAAAUGCAGAUUUCAAGAAUACACACAAAUGAACAACAACCCAAUUUCCCAUUGCAGUUGAUAACUUCCUCAAUUCUGAUCCCAAAGGAUAUUAAUGCUAAACAUAUUAGUGGUGGAAUAAAUGAGAAUAACUGACAGUCACUGAAGUCUUGGCCAUUAAUUUAGAGACUUCAGUCCUUACAGGUGUUCUCCUAUGUUAUAUUUGUUAUGCACUUCUGUUUUAUUGUGACCUUCUCAUAAAGACCAAUGGUUAAUUAAAUGUCAACUCCAGGAAUAUUUCUUGGAUGCUUUCUAAUAUUAUUUCAUCAAUAAAUCAGGUGAAUGCAAGAAACAAUCCUAUUUAUGAACCAGAGAAAGGUGAAGGUAACGUACCAAAAUGAGAGACAAAGAUUUGUAUGGUGAUAGUAUUUUAAAGUACAAACCCUAGUAGCUUCAUUUGGGAGUCUAAUUUUUCUCCAGUAUUUUGUUACAUUACUUUAGGAAUACAUUUAACAAAUGGUUCUGUAAAAUUAUUAUAUUCAUGAGAUUCUAACUUCCAUGACGAUGAAUGACUCCUCAUCUUACUAAAGGUAAUCCAGUGUUUCUUUCUUUCCAGUAUUUACUCGAGUAUGACGUUUUUGAUGUUUAAGAAGGUUUGAACGGUGGUUGAAAGUUUUCUUGCAGUCCUUACAUAUGAAUGGUCUCUCUCCCGUAUGAAUCAUUUGAUGUCGUAUAAGGGAGGAACUACGGUUGAAUGAUUUUCCACAGUCAACACAUUGAUAGAGAUUAUCUCCAGAAUGGAGUCUGUUUUCACUCUUACAGAAGGCUAUUCCAGAUGUAUUUUCUUCAGAGGCCUUUGCUCGCAUAUGAAUUUUUUGAUGUUUUGUAAGGCUUGUGUGUCGGUUAAAGAAUCUCCCACAUUCAUUGCAUCUAUAGGGUUUCUCUCCAGUGUGAAUGAUCUGAUGUCUAAUGAGGGAUGAACUUCGGCUAAAGGCUUUCCCACAUUGAUAACACUCAUAGGAUUUCACUGUAAUAUGUCUUUUGUUGGACUGAAUAAUAUGUGUAUUAAUGCCCAAGGCAUUUUCACAUUCAUUAUAUUCUGAAUGUGGCUUAUCCACAGAGUCUGAAUUAAACUUGAAAUUAGUUGUAAA